UGCGCUACAUAGAUUGGCUGCUGCUGUAUUGUUUCGCAGAUUGUGGGAAGCUCAUGCUGUGGAUGUUAAAGGGCGGCGGGCGGAGAUGAGGAGGAACAUGUAGCUGGGAGGACAGUACUGCCAGCCGAGGGGGAGCUCUAUCGUUCAGCCAGGUGUGUCUCAUCAGCCACCUUCCAGCCUUCUUCCCACCACUGUCGAGGUAGCUAUGGCGACCAGCGCUGUGCCAAGCGACAACUUGCCAACGUAUAAACUGGUGGUGGUGGGAGACGGCGGCGUUGGGAAAAGCGCUUUAACCAUCCAGUUUUUCCAGAAGAUCUUUGUGCCAGACUACGAUCCCACUAUUGAGGACUCGUACCUCAAACACACUGAAAUAGAUGGACAGUGGGCAAUACUGGAUGUGCUGGACACAGCCGGCCAGGAGGAGUUCAGUGCAAUGAGGGAGCAGUACAUGAGGACGGGAGACGGUUUCCUCAUCGUGUUUUCCGUCACGGACAAGGCCAGCUUCGAACAUGUCGACAGGUUCCAUCAACUCAUACUACGGGUCAAAGACAGAGAGGCCUUCCCAAUGGUGCUGGUUGCUAACAAAGUGGACUUGGUUCAUCUGAGGAAGGUAACAACAGACCAGGGCCAAGAGAUGGCUGCCAAACAUAACAUUACUUAUAUUGAAACCAGUGCAAAGGAUCCUCCAAUGAACGUGGACAAAGCCUUCCAUGAGCUGGUUCGGGUUAUAAGACAACAGGUCCCAGAGCGAAACCAGAAGAAGAAAAAGAAGAUGAAGUGGAGAGCAGAACGUUCCACUGGUUCCCACAGGUUCCACUGUGCCAUAUUGUGACCUUCCUUCUCUUCUGCAUCUCUCAUUUUAUACGCAAAUACCCGACACACACAAAAUAAACCCAACACACCUUUGGAUGUCAGGGAACUCCCCAGCAGUGUUCAACUACUGGAGCACAAGACCCCAGGAGGGGGUAGACGUGUCACCGAACUGCUUCCUGGAUCCUGAGAGACGGAGGCUGAACAGAAAGGUUUCCCCUCAUGGUGGACAGACUGCUUUCUCCUCCUCUUCUAACUUUCAAAGGGUUUUAUUUUCCAGCCUCAAUCCUCUAUUUGUAACAGAACGGCUGAUUAAUCAUUUAGCUGAACGCAAGAUUUCAAGCCUAU